AUGGCUAUGGACUAUGACGCGUAUGAUGCACUCCUCCACCACAUAUUUAAGCAAACUCAGGGUGACGCUUGGUUCAAGCCAACCGAGGAGAAUCUUUCUGCUGGGGUCUGUCUCCGUGUCGAACCUGGUCACUUCCGUGUCUUUCCCUACGAGAACAACUACCUUGCGCCUUUUGAGGCAGCAGUGCGCAUCUUAAAUCCUGUCGUUGCGGUCAAGGUGAGGAGUGCUGCAGUUCAUGCUGCAUUAGCAAUUGUCCCCGAAGAUGCAUCUGCCAUCUACGUCGAUCAUAACACACGCAUUCAGAUAGUACCUUCCAUGGCCAUGGUGCCACGAGCUGAGAAGGAACAAUGCGGUGCUUUUCGAGACGAGGCUGUCCUCAUUCUCUGGUCCGACAACUUGGACAACAUCAUACCCCUAUGUCGCGACUUUGAGGAAAAGCUGAUCAAGCUUGUCUGGAGACAACGUACCAAUGUCACCGCAACUCCCUCUGAGAUCAUACCAUCUACUCUACCGUCGCAUGACAACUUGCCAGCAACAAAGGAAGACUCUCCGGAAGAAAUACCUGUUACUGAGAAAGAACUCACAAAUCGGAAGCCAAAGCCUAACCCGUCGUCACCAUUUUGGAAGAUUUUCAGCUGGAGCACUACACGUCAAGAGCACCAAGGUGACGCCGAGAAGGGUGCGAAGAAAAUCCGGCGAACCAAGCUCAUUGCGCCAAUCUACAAUGGGUUAGGCUGCGGUUUAUCAAUUUUCUUCAUCGGUACUGGUGCCAGCAUGCUCUUGCAGGAGUCCAUGCUUGAUGGCCAAUGGAUUCGGUUCUGUCUGCUCAUUACAGCCCCGCUUUCAUUCUGCGUUUCUCUGUUUUUCUCCCUCCAAAUUAUCGGCAAUGUCGGCAUGAUUAUCGGUCCCGUCUCCCAGUAUUAUGAAAACUCUCGUUACUAUUCCGCUAUCAAACCCGAGGAAGAUAAGGAUGUCGAUUCGGCUCUCCCUCAUGUUACCAUCGAGCUUCCUGUCUACAAAGAGAGUCUUGAGCAAACAAUCGGGCCAUCCGUGUACUCACUCAAGAAGGCCAUGCAAACAUAUGCACGCCAGGGUGGAACAUCUUCGAUAUUCGUGCAUGAUGACGGUCUACAGCUCAUUUCGGAGGAGGAACGCGAGGAACGCAUUGCUUUCUACGCUGAUCACAAUAUAGGCUGGGUCGCACGCCCUCCCCAUGAAUCCUCUCCAGAUGGAUUCAAACGUGCCGGCCGGUUUAAAAAGGCGUCGAAUAUGAACUACGGGCUCGCGCUUAGCUUGAAACUCGAGAAACAUCUGAAAGUACUCCUUGAAGCAGAAGAACGAGGGGAGCUAGAAGACGACGGUCAACCUCUGGAGGAUCGCGCUUUGAAUAUGGCCUGUGACGAAAUCUUCAUGGAAAGUGGAGAGAAAUGGAAACCGUGGGCUUGCAACGGUAAAUCUAUUAGAAUGGGAGAGAUCAUUUUGCUUGUCGAUUCCGAUACCAUUGUGCCCGAGGAUUGUCUCCGUGAUGCUGCUCGUGAACUUGCGGAGAGCCCCGAGGUUGCGAUCAUUCAGCAUGAAUCAGAUGUCAUGCAAGUCGCCCACCACUACUUUGAGAACGGUAUUGCCCACUUCACUCGGCGGAUCAACAAGUGUAUAUCCCUUGGUUGUGCGAACGGCGAAAUAGCUCCUUUCGUGGGACACAAUGCUUUCCUUCGUUGGUCGGCACUCCAAGACGCCGCGUUUGUAGACCCGGCUGACGGGGAAACGAAGAUUUGGUCAGAAUCAAAUGUGUCCGAGGAUUUCGACAUGGCUUUGAGACUUCAGCUAAAGAAGUACGUCAUACGGUGGGCGACAUACUCCGAGGGCGACUUCAAGGAAGGUGUAUCGUUGACGGUCGAUGAUGAACUGAAUCGGUGGCAAAAAUACUCAUACGGAUUUGGUAAAGGCUGUAGCGAGUUGAUUUUCAACCCCCUUGUUCAAUGGUGGAGGAAAGGUCCUAUCAACAAACAGCUGCGUGUCUUCGUAUGGUCCAAUGCACCGGUCCAUUACAAAAUCAGUAUGAUGGCAUAUAUGUUUUCCUAUUACGGUAUCGCAGCCUCGGCAGUUUUGUCGGUCCUCAACUAUAUCCUUCUUGGACUGGCAUUUGAAACGGACGGCUACUAUCUUCACAGCUUUGAAGUGUUUCUCGCGAUUCUGGCCGUGUUUCCUGGAUCGGGCAAUGUUGGCUAUAUUCUUCUUGAAUACAGACUUGGGCACCGUAGCAUGUGGGCCUCGCUUGUUGAGACCUGCACAUGGAUCCCUUUCUUGUACGUCUCCGUCGCUUAUGUCGGGCCUAGGCUCACACCGUUACUCGUAGCUUUUUUCUUUUUUGGUGGUCUUAGUGUCCACCUCACCACCGCUGUUUUGGCCCAUAUGUUCUCAUACAACAUCACCUGGGGAGCAACGAAAAAGGAAGUCGAACGUUCGAAUUUCUUCAUCGAAGUCCCCCGAAUUAUCAAGCGAUUCUGGCUUGCCCUUCUACUGUCUUUCGCCACGUUUGGUAUGAUCAUUAUCUUCAGUCUUUCCAGUAUUGUCGGAGUGGAUUGGCAAAUUCCGGGUUCAUACUGGGCAGUCAUCCUCCCUCUUGCGCUCGUUGCUGGAAGUCACAUUCUUUUCCCUAUCGUUUCUUAAUCCGUGGUUGAUGAUUUUCUCGUAUUGAGCGGUGAGAAUGCCGCUGAUAGCCGUUUUUAUUGAGACCCGAAUGGACUAUUAUCAAUCUG